AUGAGUGAGCCCAAUCUGAACGAGAUUUCCCCCACGCGGCUCCCGCUGCAAGAGCACAAUGAUGCCUCCAGAGGCGGGUUGAAGACGGCUUCAAAGGCGCAGAGGGUGCUUGUGGAUUCUGGCGAAGAUGGAACAGCGCCUGAAGGCAGCCCGGUGUACAAGACCCUGCGCAAUGGAAAGCGCAUCCUGCAACUGCAGACACCUGCAUUAAAGGGCGCGGCUCGUGUGGCAGUGGAGGCCCCUGCCACCACCAGCAAGAAGGCAUCAAGAGUGCCAGUCGCACAGGAAGAAGAUGUCGAGAACUUCGGAGAGAAUGGGGAGAUCUCAGCGGAAGCUCUGACCAUGUUGGAGGCUGCCACUGCCACUGAAGCAGACUCCUCCUGGCUGGUUAGCACAGAGAUGGUUCCCAUCAGCUCGCCAGAAUCUGAGCAGAGCGGCGACACCACAGCAGCUGUGGAGACCCCAGGCGCAAGCCCUGUGCCAAGUGGAUUUGAUGCAUGCCUCGCGGAAAUGCACAAGGCUGGAUUGGUGACCAAAGAAGCCUCGACCUACAGCUGUGACACCGAUGCUGUGGCAGCUUCACACGGACUCGUCAACAAGUACUCACCACUGCCUGCGAAGACUCCCCAGAAAACCCCUGCUGUGAAGGAGCACACACUGCCAACACAGCUGCAGCUGAGCGAAGAGACAGGAGAGACUCCAUCGCCCCCCUCAUCAUCCAGAGUGCGCCCCAGCAGCUAUGCCCUGGAUGACUCCCUCAGCCUGGAAUGCUCACCUGCAGCCGGAGCCCCCCCGCCAAAGAUCCAGCACUCCAGCACACCUCAGAACAAUGCCGAGGACAGCUCAGAGGCCUCCACACUUCCCACACCGUCCACAGCAGAGACAGAGGAAGAUGCCAGCGACCCCUACCAGUGCAGCUCUCACACCAUGGCCUCUCCAGAGCCGGGCUCGCAGGGCACUCCGGCGCCAGCGGUGACUGCGCAGUACGGCUCUGCUUCACAGGAUGACUGCACCCCCAGCCAUGACAGGCUCCAGCUGGCAGAGCCAGCGGACCAAGGCGCCUCGUUUGUCACCCCAGAACCUCAGCCAGUGUCGGAGGAAGCUCCGGACAGCGAUGCAGCGCUGGACGUGCAGCAGACGCCAAAGGAGGAGGACACCAGUGAAGAUCCCUCAGCUGCUGCUUUCAUCCCCAGGAACAAGGCAACUCCUUACAUGCAGCGCAAGCUGCGGGAAAUCAAGGCAGAAGACUGGUCUGCAGACGACACAGUGAAACCCCACAAGAGCAAGCUUGAGCGCAUGAAAGAGGAUGCUGCUGCAGCUGCCAGGAAGAAAAGCAUGUCUUCUGUGGACAAGAGCCUCACCCGCAGGCUAGUGCAGCAGGCAGUCGGCAAGGCAGUGCGCACCGAUGGGAAGGAGCUUGGAGAGGUACAGGUCCUGAUGAAGCACAAGUCGCGCCUGGAGAAGGAGAAAGAGGCUGCUUUGGAGCUGGCAGCCUCUGAAACAAAUGGUGGCAAGCCACGGAAGGACAUCCCGUCUGCAUCUUCUGAGGGACGGGGCCUAAGCGCUAUGAAGGUGCACAAGAGCCGGCUUGAGAGGGAGAGGGAUGAAGCAGAAAAGCGCCGCGCAGACACUUCCGGCCAGGAGAAGCCCCUGCCCAGCUACAUGCGCGCAACCAAGGCCUUCAUCAUGAAGAACGAGAGCGGGCUUGGGGAGGAUAUGAAGGUGCACAAGAGCCAGCUGGAGCGCGACAGGGAUGCAGCCGUAGCUGCGCAGGCCGCACGCAAGAAGGCCGGCGUCAAUCCUGCCACGCCCUACCCCCACAAGGUCCGGCGCGCUGGCGUGGCGAGCGCUGCAAUCCAGGCAGCUUUUGGAGGGCAGGGUCUUGGGAACAUGCCCGUGCACAAGAGCGCGCUUGAGAAGGAGAAAGAGGCGGCUGCAAAGAAAGCCUCGGGCGCACUCAACCGUGCACCGCGCCCCCCUGUCAACAGGACUGCAAGCGUUGCGGCUGGCAGCGGCCUGGGAGACAUGAAGGUGCACAAGAGCCGCCUGCAGAAGGACAAGGAGGCAUGGGACAAAGCGGCCGCUGAGCAUGCUGAGGCAGGCAAGGUGAAGUCAAAGCCUGGCACGCCAAUGCAGGCAGAAUCAAACUACUUGCGCCCCACAGAGGCCUUCAACUACAAGGCGGGCGCACCCACCCCCACCAAGCAGGAGGAGGGCUUUUCCAGCUUUGUGCCCAACUAG